GAUUCGGUAAUUGCUGAAUUAUAAGCAUUGUGCUGGUUGGCCUAUAUUCGUGGUGCAGCUGCAGUCGUGAGCAAUUAAAAGUGAAAUAUUUGUACUAAGUUGAUGCAUAUUGGGCGAGACGUUCACAUUCACAAGUGCAAGUUUGCCUGAGGAAAGAACAGCUUGGCAUGAUGAGCUAUCCGCAGGAGCUGCUUUUAAUUGGAAUUUUGGGCAUUGUCUCCAGCAUUGUGGGACUCAAAGUGUCUACUGGCUAUCACAUCGUCCACAACGAGCAACCGCAGACUCAUGGACCAAAUUUCCAUGGAUUCAGGUAUAUUAACGCAGGAGAUCAAUAUUUAGUGAGAAAUGCGCUACCUAAUGCAGUGGCGGAUACUUCGCCGGCGCCACAAAAUCCCUUCCUUUUGGUUGCGAAUCCUCCACCGGCUCCGCCAAUGCCUGGGCGAGUCACAUGUGCUAAUCCUCCACCAAUAUGUACGAAGUCGGCCUAUCGAGCGAUGGAUGGCUCUUGCAAUAAUUUGGAACGCUCAGGGCUAGGCGUCCCUAACACUAAGUAUGGCCGUCUUGUGACGCCCAAAUAUGCCGAUGGAAUAUCGGCACCUACCCGUUCUGUUACCGGAAACGAGCUGCCCAGUGCUCGUCUUGUAUCUUUGGUGGCGUUUGGUGAGCAGGACGUGCCCGAUCCUCAGUUUACGCUCCAUAACAUGCAAUGGGGACAGAUCAUAACCCACGACAUGAGCAUGCAAGCCGGUGGCACCCAAUCUAGGAAACAUCCAACACGUUGUUGCACAAAUGACGGACGUUUUAUAGGCUUAGACAUAGCACAUAAAACCUGCUUUGCGAUAGUCGUGCCUCCCCAUGACCCGGCUUUCUCACAAGUCGGUAAAGAAUGUCUUAACUUUGUUCGUACGCUGACAGACCGCGACUCUAACUGUCAAUAUACUGGUGGACCGGCGGAACAGUUGACGGUAGUCACCGCUUAUAUGGACCUCUCGUUAGUCUAUGGUAACUCUAUACAGCAGAACAGCGACAUUCGUGAGUUCCAAGGCGGACGCAUGAUUGUUGAGGAACGAAAUGGUGCAAAAUGGCUUCCUUUAUCACGUAACGUCACUGGCGAGUGUGAUGCCAUUGAUCCCAGUGAAGUCUGCUAUAGAGCAGGCGAUGUACGUGUCAAUCAGAACCCAGGACUAGCUUUAUUACAGACCGUACUGUUACGUGAACACAACCGUAUAGCCGAUGCUCUAGCGGCCCUAAAUCCACACUUUGACGAUCGCACUCUGUUCCAGGAAGCACGCAAAAUCAACAUUGCCCAGUACCAGCAUAUAAGCUACUACGAGUGGCUGCCAAUUUUCCUCGGAACUGAAAAUAUGUUGAAAAAUCGACUCAUUUUUAAAGCUCCUGGAGGAAGCUAUGUGAAUGACUACGAUUCCAACAUAGAUCCCAGUGUAUUAAACGAACAUGCGACAGCUGCUUUUAGAUAUUUCCAUUCCCAAAUCGAAGGUAGAUUGGACCUUUUGUCCGAGCUGCGUUCAGUUCUUGGCUCAUUGACUCUUAGUGAUUGGUUUAAUCGACCUGGCAUUCUUGAAGUUGGCGACAAUUUUGACUCCCUUACCAGAGGUCAUGCAACACAGCCAGAAGAGCUGACGGACAUCAACUUUGAUAGACAGAUCAAGCAUUUCCUGUUUAGACGAAAUAUGCCCUUCGGCACGGACUUGCUUUCUUUGGAUAUUCAGCGCAAUCGUGAUCAUGGACUUGCAUCAUACAAUGAUAUGAGGGAAUUUUGUGGGCUAAGACGGGCGCACUCGUGGGAAGACUUUGGCGAUCUGAUCAGUCCGAAAAUAAUUGAUACACUUAAGUCGCUCUAUGAUAGUCAUGAGGAUGUAGAUUUAACAGUUGGUGGUUCUUUAGAGGCACAUGUUGCCGGUGCGUUAGCCGGUCCAACUUUUCUUUGUAUUCUUACAGAACAAUUCUAUAGAACUCGUGUGGGCGAUCGUUUCUUCUAUGAAAAUGGAGAUAAAAUCACUGGUUUUACUCCAGAUCAACUGGUAGAGCUGCGUAAGGCAAGCAUGGCACGUUUGCUCUGCGACAAUGGUAACAAUAUUGCUUCAAUGCAGCCUGCUGCUUUCAAAACAAUAUCUGGAUCGAACCCUAUUGUGCCAUGCACACACAUUCCGCAAGUUGACCUCACGAAAUGGAUCGACCAAAGUGCACAUCCCUCCACAGAUCACUCAAUUCUUUUUGGAAAGAAAUGAUCGCUGGCACUUUAUACACACGAAUCUAUCAUUAACUAGUUCAAAAUAUAAUAACAUUUAGAUUAAUCAGUUUAAAGAUUAUGAAAUCAAACUCCA